AUUACCUGUAUAUUUCAGAUGCUGGUGCUGCUACUGCUGGACCAAGUGAUGUGAUGUACGCCAAGAUUCAACUCAAAAAGUUGGACAAGAAAAAGAAAACUGAUCCAAAAGAAAAGCCAGUCUAUUCUGAGGUCAAGACGGGGAAGACCACAGUGCUGAGUACACACAUCUACUCUGGACACUCUGAAGAUGAUGGAAAGGCAAAGGCUGUUCUGACCAUAUACCCCACAUCCUCCCAGAUAUUCAGUGGAGAAUCUGUUACUCUCAGAUGUAACAUACAGAGGGGAGAAGUCACUGACUGGGAAUACACAUGGCGCAAGGAUGUUGUAGACACAAUCAAUAGGAAUCAUGAAUAUGAGCUCACUGAGGUUAAGAUUUCAGACAAAGGUGGCUACAGGUGUCUGGGUAAACAUAUUGAUCAGAAGAAGCAUUCUGAGUGGAGUGAUGCAGUCAGACUAACGGUAACAGCUCUUCCUGAAACUACACUGACCGUAAAUCCAGACCCUGCAUACAAUGGAGAGACAGUAACUCUGACGUGUUCAGUGGGAUCUGACAGUGGCUGGAGCUUUACAUGGUACAAAGACAACACUAAGAAAGUAGUGACCUUGUCUGGCAGACACACUACAACAGGAGCCACCUUCACCAUCAGUAGAGCUGCUGAGUCUGACCAGGGUCUCUACUGGUGUCAGGGAGAGAUCCAGUCCAGAUCCAUAUCAUCAAUCAUCAGGGAUCCUGUCACUAUCACUGUGAAAGCCCUGCCCAAAGCUACACUGACCAUAACACCAAACCAUGCAUACAAUGGAGAGACGGUAACUAUGACGUGUUCAGUGGGGUCUGGCAGUGGCUGGAGGUAUACAUGGUACAAAGACAACACUAAGAAAGUAGUGACCUUGGCUAGCAGACUCACUACAACAGGAGCCACCUUCACCAUCAGUAGAGCUGCUGAGUCUGACCAGGGUCUCUACUGGUGUCAGGGAGAGAUCCAGUCCAGAUCCUUAUCAUCAAUCAUCAGUGAUCCUGUCACUAUCACUGUGAAAGAGAGACCUGUGGCUGUUCUGACCCUGCAACCCAACUGGCCCCAGAUAUUCAGUGGAGAGACUGUCACUCUCAGAUGUGACAUACAGGGGGGAGAAGAGAUUGAGUAUGUUUUUUAUAACAGUGGGAAGUCGGUCUACAUGAAUACAGAGCCUGAGUACAGAAUCAGUACUGCAAAGAAUGGUCUAUAUACCUGUAAAGGUCUUCAGAAAACAAAUGGCUUAAAACACUCCCAGACCAGUAAUGCUAUACAAUUGACUGUGUUAGAUAAACCCCAAGCUCUCCUGAGUGUCUCUCCUCAGUGGCUGAACCCUGGAGACUCAAUUACUCUGAGCUGUGGGGUUAAAGAGUCAUCUACAGGCUGGAGGUUCUUCUGGUACCGAACUGUUCCCUACACAGCUGGGUUACUCUCCCUAUCAGACAGGUCCUACUCUGUAGAGCCUCUAUCUGGCAAUGGGACUAGUGAAGACUCAUACACUCUGAUCCCUGCUGGUCCUAGUCACACAGGAGGAUAUGUGUGUAGAGCUGGGAGAGGAGACCCAGUCUAUGACACACUCUACAGUGAACCUCAGUUUCUCUGGUCAGGAGAACCGAAACCAUCAGUGUCUCUCAAAAUAAGACCUAACAUAACUCAACACUUUACAUCAACGUCUCUCUCACUAAGCUGUGAGGAGAAGAGGAACUCUACUGGAUGGAGACUGAAGAGAUACAGAGAGAAAGCAGUGGAGUCAGAGUGUGGCUCUAACUGGGGAUCAAUAGCAGGGUCCACAUGUACCAUCAGGUCCACAUACACAGGGGACAGUGGAGUGUACUGGUGUGAGUCUGGAUCAGGAGAGUACAGUAAUGCUGUCAACAUCACAGUGGAUGUUGGCCCUCUGAUCCUGGAGAGCCCUGCCUAUCCCAUAACUGAGAGAGAGUCUAUGACUCUCAGCUGUACUUAUAGAUAUCAGGAAACAAACCCGAACCCCAAGGUUUAUUUCUACAAAGAUGGAGUACUCAUCAGGAAUGAGACCACAGGAGAGAUGACCAUCCCUGCAGUUUCCAAGUCAGAUGAAGGCUUCUACAAGUGUAAAUCUAAUGAAGGAGAAUCACCAGAGAGCUGGGUGACAGUGAGAGGUGUAACUCCUGGACCCUCUACAUCAGUCCUAGUAGGAGUGGUUGUGGGCCUGGUUGUUGCUGGUGUUUUACUGGCCAUUCUCCUGGUACUGCUGUGUCGAUAUAAAAAUGCCGGAGGUUCCUGUUGCAACAGAAUAUUCUGGCCCCCCCAGCCCCAGAGGACCAAACUGGACCCCCAACAGGACCAAGGAUCUACCCAGGGCCAGGCUCCUGAUGCUGGGUAUACACGUCUGCAGCAUGGUGGCGCUAACAUCUAUGAUACAAUGACUCCCUCAGACAGUAAUGACAAUGAUGCUGGUGCUGCUACUGCUGGACGAAGUGAUGUGAUGUACGCCCAGAUUCAACUCAAAGAGUUGGACAAGAAAAAGAAAAAAAUGACAUCUGAUCCAAAAGAAAAUCCAGUCUAUUCUGAGGUCAAGACGGGGAAGACCACAGCAACUGGACCUGUUGAUGUGACCUAUGCUGAGGUUGACCUUAAACAGAAGGCCAAAGCCAAGAAGAAGAAAGAAACAUCAACCCCACCUGAGGCAGAUUCGGUCUAUUCUCAAUUGAAGCCAGUCACAGCCCCAGGUACCUGAGGGAUGGAGGGAUGGAAGGAUGGAGGGAUGGAGGGAUGGAAGGACACACCAUCAGAGGAGGAGGCGGAACCCGGAACAUGGAUUCUACGCUCAACACACACAAGCAAACACACACAUGCACAAACACACAUGCAAUAACAGCUUGUACAUUAAGGCGUUCUUACUUAUUUUAUUUACUUAUUUUAUUGUAUUUAAGCAUGGUUUAAUUGUGUUUAACUGUAAAAGCUUUUUUUUUUUUUUUACUAUAUGGUGCAAUAAUGAUGCAUCUUAUCUGCAGCUACUGCAAUUGUAUCUGCUUUGUAUUGUGUAUUGAGUUUUAUUGUUGAUUUAUUCAGAUGAUAGAAUAACAUAUUUGUAUAUGAAUUUCCCAAAAGGUAUUAUUCACGUUUUCUUCCAAUGGCCUGUACUUUUACAGUAUCUUUGCAUUGUGCUUUUUUAAUAAACAAUUUUUUAUCCACCAGAUGGUAUGAGUGCUUUCUUACAGUAAAUAGAUAUUGUCAUCAUCAUCAACUUUUCCAUACAACCUCAUUUGGUCAAAACUCCUUUAAGUCUAGUAUAGAUCUCAUGCUCCACAAUGUGUGAGUUAA